AUGCAUCUUAAGUUUAUUGGUUUAACUAUAAUCAAAAUGUUUGUCCCCGUAUUAGGCUUACUAGCCUGUAUUGUGUUUCAAAAUGACCAUAUCGUGCCCGAUGUCAUUAACGCUUGCCCAUCAACAAUAAGCAAGAUAACAUUCCCGGGCAAACUAGCCGUUAAUCUGGGUACUCAUCUCACACCUAAUCAAACCAGUCAGCAGCCCCAAAUAGAGUGGCCAACUAAAUGCGGCGGAUUAUACACGUUAGCAAUGGUAGACCCGGAUGCGCCCAGUCGUGCUGAGCCCACUAUGCGUAAUUGGCGACACUGGCUAGUGAUGAAUAUACCGGGCAAUCGUAUUAGUAAAGGUGAUAUUGUUUCCGCAUUUGAAGGCCCAGAACCCCCAGUGGGCACGGGUUACCAUCGUUACGUGUUUUUGGUCUAUGAACAAAAACAGGGUCAUAUUAAACCGCCACCUCGUGAUGAUGAUGAUGAUCAUAGGGGUAGUUUUAGCAUUAAAGUCUUUGCCACCAAAUACAAUUUGGGCGAACCCGUGGCCCAUCAUGUUUGCAAAUGCACUAUUAUGAUAGCAUUUCAAAACGAUAGUAUUGUGCCUGACAUACUCAACGCGUGUCCUCAAACAACAACCAAAAUCACAUUUGCAAACAAUGUCUCCGUAAAUUUGGGCAACGAGUUGACCCCAACACAAGUAAAAUCACAACCGCGAGUAGAGUGGCCAGUAGUGCCCAGAUCACUAUACACGCUAACCAUGCUGGAUCUUGAUGUCCCCAGCAGGGCUAAUCCAGCGCAUCGCAGCGUUAAACACUGGAUGGUAAUAAAUAUACCAGAUGCAAAUAUAACGGCUGGCUAUAUAUUGGACACAUUUCUCGAGUCACUGCCGCCCCGGGAGUCAGGCCUUCACCGAUACGUUACACUUAUAUACCGACAGUCGCAUCGUAUUGAGGGUCUCGUGCGAAACGAUACCAUCGAGAGUAGGCUAAUGUUCAAUGUGACCAAGUUUGCUCUGGAUCAUCAGCUUGGUGAACCUGUGGCUGGUAAUUUUUAUCACGCUCAAUGGGAUGAGUACGUGGACGUGGCCACAUUCCCAAAUAACAUAACGGUAAAUCUUGGUGCUCAUCUCACACCAGCUCAAACUAGCCAACAGCCAGCAGUAGAGUGGCCAACAGUCCAAUGCGCACUCUAUACUCUGGCACUGGUAGACCCGGAUGCGCCCAGUCGUGCUGACCCCAUAUACCGUAAUGUUAGACACUGGCUUGUGAUGAACAUACCGGGCAAACAGAUUAGUUAUGGUAAUAUUAUAGCCGGGUUUGUGGGACCGGCACCACCUGUUGGCACAGGUGUUCACCGUUACGUGUUUCUAGUUUACGAGCAAAAACAGGGAUAUAUUGAACCACCCCCUCGUGAUGAUGUUAAUCGGCAUAAUUUUAGCAUGGAGGAUUUUGCUAGUAAUUAUACCCUGGGCGAACCGAUUACAUUCCCGAGUAAGGCAAGCGCUAAACUAGGCAACGAGCUAACCUUGGCACAGGUUAAGGAUGAGCCCCGGGUAGUGUGGCCAACAACAUGUGGUUCACUGUACACCUUAGCCAUGAUGGACGCCAACAUACCAAUAGCCCUGCGCAGCGCUAAACACUGGCUGGUAGUGAACAUACCGGGCAAUAAUAUUACCGCCGGUGAUAUAUUGGCAGGUUUUAUACCGUCGGGUCCGUCCCAGGGGUCGGGUAUUCACCGGUACGUUACGGUUGUGUACCGACAGCCCCAACGUAUUGAUGGCCUGGUACGUAAUGAUACCAUAGAGAGCCGGGUCAGUUUUGAUGUGACAAAGUUUGCCCGCGAUCACAAACUUGGCAAGCCAUUGGCCGGUAAUUUUUAUCACGCUCAAUGGGAGAAAACUUCAGCUUAG